AUGACUGCGGACUGCACAACCUCAAUGACCAACGACGAACGCAAGCGUGUUUUGAAGGCUGAAAACCGAUGUUAUCGUUGCACCAAGAAAAACCAUCGAGCAAAAGAUUGCAGACGUGCAAAGUGGCUGAAGUGUGCGCAGUGUGCAGGGAGACACGCAAGUGCCAUGUGCGACCCGAACUUCAAGCCUCAGCAUAAGACUACGGUGAAAGAAAUGGCGGACACCGGUGAAACAUCAACUCCGGGAGGAACGACACUCCAGUCAACGCUCAAGAUGACCAACACAGAAAGGAACAGUGGAAAGCGAGUACUUCUGCAGACAGCUCAAGCCUGGGCAGAAGGUGAAAGAGGGCGUUGCCGCAUUAGACUUCUCAUCGACGGCGAAAGCCAGCGGACUUUUAUUCGCCAAACCGUCUCCAAGAAACUUCACCUGAAGGAACUGGGUGGGGAGGACGUGACCAUUUUUACGUUUGGAGAUGGAGCAACGAAAACGAAAUGCAAGCGAGUGGAACUGUGGCUCCGCAGCCAAUACGACAGAAGAUGCGUAAAAAUAGAAGCCCUCGAGGUUUCUCACAUCUGCUCAGAUGUCAUGAACAACCCCUCCGAGGAACUACGGGGGCUGCCUGACGGAAUGAACCUCGCGGACGUGGAGCUCUGGGACAAUCCAUGCGAGGAGGGAAUCAGCCUUCUCAUCGGAGCCGAUCACUUCUGGGACAUUGUAAACGGCGGUGUCAAGCGCUUGGAUGGAAAGCUGAUGGCAGUCGACACCACCCUCGGGAGGACACUUCAGGGUCCCCUUACCUCUACUUCUGCGACAAUCUACUCGUCAACAACUGGAGUGAUGAGGGUGACUGUGUCCGAAACAAACAAUGCGGAAAGUUCGGCUCAGCUCGGAUCAUUCUGGGAACUUGAGCACAUCGGAAUAGCUAACAACGUGACGAAGACUUGA